AUGACCGCAAUCAACAACACCACCACCAUCCAGGUGGACAACACCAACCGGCCCAACACCACCAUUCUCCUCCAAGACACCCCCACCCCGUCACCCGCCCUUCUAGCCCGCCUCACCUCUCACCUCCCUUACUCCCUCCCCCUCCUCCGCCGUCUACAGUUCGCGGACAAAUUCAAGGGGGGUAGAACCGACGAGACUCAUGUCCUGUACGCACGCCUCGGUCGACACCCCGGGGUUGAUGGAAGUGCCAGUGGAGAUGAUCAUGAUGGGAAUGGGGAUGGGGUUGAGACCGGACACUUCGCCGCGGCGUAUGUCGACCUCUCACAGGGGCCGGAGACGCAGGUGUGGGUGUACUCGUCGCUAGAGCCGGAUGCUGCUGGUGGGGAUCGUGACAGUAGUGAUGAGCUGUACAGUUGGGCCAAGCCAGGGAGUGAAGGGGGUGAAGGGAGGGUGAGGUCUGCGCUGGAGGAGGAGGCGCUGGAUCUGGCGCUGGCACUGUUUCGGAGGAUUAGGACGAUCGCUGCUGGGGGUGCUGGCGGUUCUUCUCCUGCCAAUGCUACAUCCGCACCUUCACCUGCGCCCGUUCUGGCUGGCACCGUUCAUGAGGUUCUGCGCCAUGGCCUGCUGGCGCGUGGGGUGCGGUUGUUGAAACCGUCCGGUAUUAUCGCGGAGCGGGACUGGGAGGUCUGCGGGAAGUGGCUUUUCCGUGUGGAGGACAUACCGACGGUGGCUAAGGAUAAUCACGGAUUACCCGAGGGGAUGCGGUGGGAUCGUGUGUGGCCAAGUGACAUUGACGUUGCGCGGUCGCGGACGAAUAUCAAGCGACGAGUGGAGACGAUGCUGAAGUUGCCAGGCAUGGUUGUACGUCUAGAGAACGAGGCACCUGCCGCGUGGGCGUUUCUGGGACUUGAUGGAUCUUUGAUGGUUCACGUCGAGGAAGCGUAUCGCCAACUAGGUCUUGCCAGGCUUUUGGUUUCCAAAUUGAUGGUGGAACACAUUGCAGACUUCAGCGAUGAUGGCUGGGGGACUGCUGAUGUGUUCACCGGGAACUAUCAAAGCCAGGGGCUUUGCCGAAAGAUUGGGGGCAAGAAUACCUGGGCACUGUCAUGGGCAUUGGUCGACGUGACAACUGUUGGGGACGCAGUAUGA